AAACAAUGUGCGACUUGUCGCAAUGGAAUUGUAUUUUAGACAUUCCGUCAAAAUGGCCCAAAUCUAGAUUGAAAUUUUCCGCCUGCAAAUUUCACCAUAAUAAAAUUAUACUCAAGUGAGAAUCAAAGGCCGAAUACCGUGAAAUUCGAAGUUUGAAACUGAUGCAUUUUUCUUGCUUAGGAAGUAACAUGCGGCGCUGGAAAUCCGAAUUGCAGACAAAAAUAUCUAUAAAUACUAAAUAAGAGGGGAAUAUGUGUGAAAAUAAUGUGAGAAUGACGUUAAUGUUGAAACUGAAGAAAUUGAGAGAAAGCAGGGCGACUGUAUGGGUUGUAAGCCUCAUAUGCUUUAUAGUUCUAAUGAUUGUAACGCCUACCAUUCCACAGUCGCAGGAAUACCAUGACUUCGCAGACCAACGGAAUUUUUUCGGGAGUUGAUUCUAUGCUCGAGUUGAACCCAUCUUGUCACUAAAGAGCAGGCACAGGAAAGAAUCUGCUCUGAUACUAUGUUAUUUUCUGGGGUGCCCAAUACUCUGAAUGUGAUAUCAAACUUCCCUUUUUUGAUCAUUGGUGUCAUUGGACUUGUACUUUGUCUCCGAGGAAAUUAUUUUGAUUUAAGUUUACAAGGAGAAGUGUGGAGUUGGGCAAUUUUUUACGUGGGAGUUGCUGCAACUGCUUUUGGCUCUGCCUACUAUCAUCUGAAGCCAGAUGAUGCUAGGCUUGUAUGGGAUCGUUUGCCUAUGACUAUUGCGUUCACUUCAAUCAUGUCUGUCUUCAUCAUUGAGAGGUGGGACGAAAGGGCUGGAACAAUAUCCCUAUUUCCUCUCCUUAUGAUUGGUAUCGUCAGCAUUGCAUAUUGGAGGUAUUUUGAUGAUCUCCGUCCCUAUGCUCUGGUCCAAUUUGCUCCAUGUAUUGCAAUUCCAGCGAUGACUAUUUUACUUCCUCCAAAGUAUACUCACUCUGUAUACUGGUUAUGGGCAGCAGGAUUUUAUCUCUUGGCUAAAAUUGAAGAGGCAGAAGACAAGCCAAUUUACAAGCUGACUCAUUAUAUCAUAAGUGGCCAUACAUUGAAGCAUUUGUGUGCUGCUAUGGUUCCUGUUUUCCUUACAAUCAUGUUGUCUCGCAGGACUGUUCAAAUUGAGAGACAGAGUUUAUUUGAGACAUGGAAGGUAUCUUUGAAGAUGGUUUUGGUUCGUGGAGAAGAUGGACAAGGAUGGUUUAAGUGGAAGUAUUCAAGAUUAACGACAGAAGCAGAUACUAAUUCUAGUUGUAGUGAAGCAAUCUCUGUAUGAAAGUUUGUUGGCUAUUCCAUUGUGUUUGGUUCAGCAAGUAAACAAGUUUCUGCUAAUCAUGGGGAGGCCAUUGUUAUGCACUCUCCUAAAAUGCAUUUUUCAAAGUGUGUUGCCUUUUUGCUCCAUAUGAGCCCUUCUUUCCAGAUUUUACUGUGCUCCAAUUUCAUAAACACCGUUCUUUCAUUUUAAUGAUAUUCUAUUAAUAAUCCUCAAGAUACAGAGAAUGAUCAGAAUUUUAUUUGUUUAUUUUCUGUAUAAAAAACAAGAAGAGUAUCGUUCAACUUCAUAUAAAUGUCUAUAAAGGGCAUGCUCGUAAAUUUAUAAUUUUUGAACGUA